AUGGGUUUUCGCGCAGUCAUGGCAAAAACAUCUGUCUCAUAUUUGCCGACCGGCUCAUACUCCUCUUGGAUCCUCAUGAGAUCGCUGAUCUGCACAGAAACCACAAAACCACCAUUAUGCUGUCUCAGCGACUGGUGUUUGUACAAUCCGAAAAUUCUGAGCGGCCCUUGCGCUGCAUCCACUCAAAUCUCCACAUCUGAAAAAGAAACAGCUACCAAUUGCACAUCCCAUCGGCAAUGCAUCGCCUUUCCAGGAGCUUCCAAGGUGGUUCGAACAACGGCAAUAGAAACGCGAGGAAGCACGCACGCCCUCCUUCAUUCUGGUCUGACCCGCGGGCAAGACGCCGACACGGAACUGUUUUCUAACCAUUUCACAACCGACUUCUUCCGGGCCCCUGGCAACCCCUACUGCUCGCUUGAUGACAAUGUCAAAAAUCUAUAUUCCGAGUAG